CGCGCGCGCGUCUACUUCGACAUCCAGAUCGGCGCGCGGCCGCCCGCGCGCGUCGAGUUCGAGCUCUUCAGCGACAUCCUGCCGCGCACCUGCGAGAACUUCCGCGCGCUGUGCACGGGCGAGAUGGGCGGGAACCUGAACUACGCCGGGUCGGCCUUCCACCGCGUGAUCCGCAACUUCAUGAUCCAGGGCGGCGACUUCACGCGCGGCGACGGCACGGGCGGGUCGUCGAUCUACGGAACGAAAUUCGAGGACGAGGGCUUCCAGUUCAAGCACACCUGCGGCCACCUGCUGUCCAUGGCCAACGCGGGCCCGCACACGAACGGGUCCCAGUUCUUCGUCACGCUCCGGCCGACGCCCCACCUCGACGGCAAGCACGUCGUCUUCGGCCGCGUCGUCUCCGGCGCGGCGACGGUCGACGCCGUCGGCAACGCCAAGGUCGACGACGGCGACCGGCCCCUCGCGCGCGUCGCCAUCGUCGCCUGCGGCGAGCUC